AUGUCUGAGAUAUGUGAGGGCGAACUUACAACUUUGGAGUCUAUCUUUGAAAAAGAGCUGAAAAUAAUCGAUAAGAAAUAUCCUCAAAAGUUUGAAUUAAAGAUAUCAGGUCAAUGCCAUCAUGAUUCCCAUCUCAAGGUAAUGUGCACACUGCUCUUCGAGUAUAUUUUGGAAUAUCCUGACGCGCCUGCAAAAUGUACCAUCAAGAAAUCUUUGAAUUUAUCUGAAUUCCAAAAAGAAAUUAUUAAUGACCUGGCUAGAUCCGUUGCGGAGCGUUCCCUGGGAUUCAUCAUGAUAUUUGACAUUGUUUCUGAGGUUCAAGAGAAAUUAAAUGAAUUUGCCGAAAUUAUGCACCAAAAAGAAGAAAAGAAGAAGGAUGAAGAACGGAUUGCUAAGGAAUUAGAAGAAGAAAAAAAAUUCACGGGCACUAAACUGACAAUUGAAACCUUUCUUGUCUGGAAGGAGGCGUUUCUCAAUGACCCCUCUGUUCACCUUAAGAUUAGAGAGUCCAGAAAGUCUGACGAUAAACGACUGACCGGUCGAGAACUAUUCCUACGUGAUAAUCGCUUUGAUGAUUCUGAUCUACAGUUUCUUACAUCGGAAGGCGGCGAAAUCGUCGAAGUGGAUGAACGUCUUUUCGUUGACCUUGAUGAACUUGAUCUAGAUGAUGAUGAUGAGCCAGAAGAGAUUUCCCAAGAUAUCUCAUGUACCUAA